AUGUCGGAUAAAAAUAAAGAGAAUUUACCAUGGGUUGAAAAAUAUCGUCCUGAUAAUUUACAGGAAGUUUAUGGUCAACAAGAAAUAGUUACAACAAUACGUAAAUUCCAUGAAACUGGUAGAAUCCCCCACUUAUUAUUUUAUGGACCACCAGGUACAGGAAAAACAUCAACGAUAAUAGCAUUAGCAAAAGAAAUAUAUGGACCAAAUUAUAAAAAUAUGGUAUUAGAAUUAAAUGCAUCAGAUGAUAGAGGAAUUGAUGUUGUACGUAAUCAAAUUAAAAAUUUUGCAUCAACAAGACAAAUUUUUACAAAUUCUUCAAGUCCACAAUUUAAAUUAAUUAUAUUAGAUGAAGCUGAUGCAAUGACAUCAAUAGCUCAAAAUUCAUUAAGAAGAAUAAUUGAAAAAUUUACAAAAAAUUGUAGAUUUUGUAUAUUAGCAAAUUAUUCUCAUAAAUUAAAUCCUGCAUUAAUUUCAAGAUGUACAAGAUUUAGAUUUCAUCCAAUAGAUGAAGAAUCAAUAAGAAAUAGAAUUAAUAAUAUUAUAAUUAAAGAAAAAAUAAAUAUAACUCAAGAUGCAAUAAAUUCAUUAUUAAAAUUAUCACAAGGUGAUAUGAGAAGAAGUUUAAACGUUUUACAAGCUUGUCAUUCUGCAUGUGAACCAAAUGAAAUAAUAGAUAUUGAUAUGAUUUAUAAUUGUAUUGGAGCUCCACAUCCUCAAGAUAUUGAUUCUUGUUUAAAUUCUAUAUUAAAAGAUGAUUGGACUACUGCUUAUAUGACAUUAAAUAAAUAUAAAAUAACAAAAGGUUUAGCAUUAAUUGAUUUAAUCUCGGGGUUUAUUGAAAUUUUAAAUGAUUUAGAUUUAAAAACUCAAAAUAGAAUUGAUUAUUUAAAAGGUUUAAGUGAUAUUGAAUAUGGAAUUUCAAAAGGUGGUAAUGAUAAAAUUCAAAGUAGUGCAAUUAUAGCUGUUAUAAAACAAGCAAUGGAACAUGAAGGUAAAUAA